GGAAAAUGGCUACCGCGACGAAAUUAAUGUGAACACCGAAUAGAAUUUGCUUUGAUUAACGUGACGGUAAAGUGAAUCGAGGACGGAUUUAUCCAGAAAAUCGUACGCGAAUAAAGCCCGAUUGCGAUGCAAAUAUGCAGAAUGUACCGCAAGAUACGGGCGCCGACGAAACGAGAUUAGAAAGAGUGAACAAUCAGCAGCAGCACGAUAUAGGGAACCUUUCGUCGUCUACUCCCCAAUCGACGAACUCGACUCCGACAAAAUCUGAGACGGAAACUUAUUCGGAAAAUCGCAGAUUCAUGUCGGAAACAUCGGAAAGCGAAGAGGAUUCCGUCUCUGAGGUGGAGUCAUUUAUGGUAGAGCAGGAGUUCGAAGACGAGCCCCAAGCAGAAGCUGCAAAAUUCUUGCUGGGCCCCGACGAAGAUCGUAACGUGGACCCCGAAACUCAAGCUCGCCUUGAAGCCCUUUUGCAAGCUGCAGGUAUUGGUCAGUUAUCAGCAAAGGACGGCAAGGCAUUAGGGGACCCAGAAGUUUUGCGUCGUCUCACUUCAAGUGUUUCCUGCGCACUAGACGAAGCAGCAGCAGCUCUGACACGAAUGCGAAGUGAUAGCGCCGCAGCUACUUCGUCAACACAAGGUGCCUCUAAUAGUAAUACAGCGACAAGACCAGCUACGCAAGGGGGAGCCGCUGUGGUUCAGUCACCUCAAGGUUCCCAAGAAAAGACUUCUUUGGUGGAGGCCUGCACCGAUGGUGAUGUGGGCACUGUGAAAAAAUUGCUGACUGAAGGCAGAUCUGUGCAUGAAACUAGCGAAGAAGGAGAAAGUCUGCUUAGCUUAGCUUGUAGCGCUGGAUAUUUUGAAUUAGCUCAGGUUUUAUUAGCAAUGCAUGCCAACGUAGAAGACCGAGGUAUAAAAGGUGAAUGCACCCCGUUAAUGGAAGCCGCGUCGGCGGGCCACUUGGACAUCGUAAGGCUGCUGGUCCAUCACGGUGCGGAAGUUAACGCCCAAUCCACUUCGGGCAACACGCCUUUGAUGUACGCCUGCGCGGGCGGUCACACUGACGUGGUGAAGUUCCUCUUGGAAAAUGGGGCAAAUGUGGAGGAUCACAACGAAAACGGUCACACGCCUUUGAUGGAAGCGGCCAGCGCCGGUCAUGUGGGACUAGCUAAAAUUCUUUUGAUGCACGGUGCAGGAAUUAAUACGCACUCUAAUGAAUUUAAAGAGUCCGCUCUGACGUUGGCUUGCUAUAAAGGUCACCUAGAUAUGGUUAGAUUUCUUUUGGAGGCUGGCGCUGAUCAAGAACACAAAACAGACGAGAUGCAUACAGCUUUAAUGGAAGCUUCUAUGGAUGGGCAUGUGGAGGUUGCCAGGUUGCUGUUAGAUUCCGGGGCGCAGGUGAAUAUGCCUACGGAUAGUUUCGAGUCGCCGCUGACCCUGGCCGCCUGCGGUGGACACGUGGACCUUGCAAUGUUGCUCAUAGAACGCGGCGCCAACAUAGAAGAAGUCAACGAUGAAGGCUACACGCCUCUAAUGGAGGCGGCGCGUGAAGGUCACGAGGAAAUGGUGCACCUGCUUCUCGGUCAGGGAGCCAACAUCAAUGCCCAAACUGAUGAAACUCAGGAAACUGCCUUAACAUUAGCGUGUUGUGGUGGUUUCACUGAGGUCGCAGAUAUACUGCUAAAGGGCGGAGCUGAUAUAGAAUUAGGCGCAUCUACACCUCUGAUGGAAGCUUCUCAGGAAGGUCAUUUAGAAUUGGUCAGGUUUUUGUUGGAGUAUGGGGCCAAUGUGAAUGCUAUUACGCAGACGAACGACACUGCCUUGACGUACGCCUGUGAAAAUGGACACACUGACGUUGCCGAUUUACUCAUACAGUAUGGAGCCAAUAUUGAACACGAGUCUGAAGGAGGCAGAACACCGCUGAUGAAAGCCUGUCGCGCCGGCCACCUUUGCACAGUAAAAUUCCUUAUAGACAAAGGGGCAAAUGUACGCAAACAAACCAGCAACAACGACCACACUCCACUGUCUCUGGCUUGUGCCGGAGGUCACUUGCCUGUAGUCCAACUCCUAUUAGAAAACAACGCGGAUCCCAACCACAAAUUAAAGGAUAAUUCGACGAUGUUGAUUGAAGCGUCCAAAGGUGGUCAUACUAAUGUAGUCCAGUUGUUACUGGAUUAUCCUCGGUCCAUGUUGCUCAACAGUCAGGCGCAACAAGGACCUCCAGGUGUGACAAACCCCGCCACCGCAGCCACUAAUUUGUCCAUGUUACCCGGACAAGUGGGAGGCAAUCGAAGUUCCCCUGCCGCCGCAGCGAUGGCACCCGCUCUUGCUGCUGGUGGCCCCUUUUUCCAACCUCCAACUGCCGUUCUCCAAGAAGUCCCCGAAGCAGUCCGAAUCGUACAGCAAGAAGAUUCCGACAGCUCGAUGGAAUUCAAUCCGCCCCGAUCAAAAGCGCGAACCAACGAACAGGCGCAACAGCAAAAAGGUAGAAAGCUGUUGGCCAAAAGCCGGUCCAUGGGAGCGAUGUUUGAUGCAACGUUGACGUCCGCGGAGGCGCAACAAGUACGGACCCCGCCCUUAAGUGACUUUGAAGAGGAGGCAACAGCUGCCAUGGAAUUCCUCAACAAAGAAGAUCCAAAUAAUAGUACCCUGAUAGAAUUUAUUAAGAAAAGAAAACAACUUAGCGACCCAGAUGGCAAUACGCAAAAACAACAAAUUUUAGAAGAGCUACAUCGAGUGGAACGUGAAUUGCAAGGUAAACAGCAACAGGCGCAGCAAGCGCAACAACAAGCCGCAGCGGCCGCUGCUGCCGCAGCCGCCGCGAACUUUAAACACGUGUUCCAGUAUCAAAUGCCAGCGCAAGACCAGUGCGUACCGCAGCCCGGUGGCGCCACCACCCAACCGACUGCGCUCGCUCCAGUCAUACAUUCGCCAGUCAUCCAUUUCGAUUUGGGAAUACAACAGAAACAACAAGGUUUAGGUUACAAUAGUGUAGUGGGCGCAUCGCCACAAACCCUACUGCAAGGUCCAUUCUACGGUGGGAUAGGAGCUACUCUGACCCCGUGCUCCCCACCCAAAUUUACCACGCCUCCGAGUGAAACGCAGCCCCAGCCAACACCCACCCCCCCAUUUUACUUCACUCCGUUGCCAGCCAGCUCCACCCAAGUGGGCGGAGCGACUCCGACAGUGGCCAAUGGGGGACUAGGACCAGCCCCCGCCGCUCCCGGAUUGGGCACAUUGGUGCCCGCCUCCGCGCUCACCUCGCAACCUAUUAAAUUUCAGAGUGUGGCGGAAGUUAGUCAGAAUACCGCAAUCAAUGACCGGCCCAAAGUGAAACCAAUCAAAAAGGAUGGGAAAAAUAUUAGAAAACAACAGCUUGCUCAGCAACAAGCCCAGCAGCAACAGCAAACAUCUCAAAUCGUCAAUCAGUCGCAACAGCAAAUUAGUCCUACACCACCUAAAACCUUCAAUAUAUUUGCUGACCAACAGGUGUCUGUGUUUCGCCAGCUGCAAAUGCCUCAGCAACCCAGUCAGCAACAGCAACAAAGAGCCGGUGGUGGACAAGCGUCCCAACCUCAAGUGCAAUUUCAAAAGUUGGAAGAUAGCCCUUCUGAACUACUCAACGUGCCAGAUUUGGACGUAACGUUCCUUAAAGAUGACCAACAAGAGAGUCUUCUUACCGCUUCAAUUUUACAACAGUUUCACAACUCUUCGAUUCCAUUUAUACGAGCGGCCUCUGUUGGAUCACCUCAAAAAACUCACCUCGAAAUGUACGAUCCCGCUAGUCCAUCGCAGCUAAACCUAAAUUCGCCCAGCAAGGUAACCAAACUAGAAUUGACCGACAAAGAUUUUUCUGAUGACGUUGUGCAAACGUUAGAAGUGCAACCUUACCCUGGCACUUUAGAUGAAACCAUGAUUGCGUCAUUAACAGCUGCCCAACAAGCCGAUCUUCAAGCCGCUGCGGUAGCUGCAGCUGCUGCAACAGGCAAUACUGCUGACCUUUCUCGUGUAGAAUACUUUGCGGUACCGGCCGAAACUAGCAAUCCUGGAACUCCAGGCCAAGUACCUGUGCACGAACUCUACCCCUACAAGCACUAUUUGCAAGGGUUUCAAGCUGGCUACAGCCUAAAACAACAACAACUAGAUUCCCUAACAGUUGCUGGUACAGUUGCGCAGCAGCCGCUCACAGCUCAGCAACAGCAAACCUAUGUAGCUUCCCAACCACAACAAUGCGUAGCUGCGCCACAACAGGAACAAGAAGUCGCCCCUUGCGGCCACGUGGCUCAAGGAACCCUCCUCUGUCAAUCCUGUGGUCAACAUCAGCACCAACAACAAAACGCGCAGCAGCCAAUCGUGAUUCACCAUCACCAAAUUAUAACGACGCAACAGCAACAUCAGAACAGCAAUCAAGUGCAAGCGGCAACCCAAACGCAAGCCCAAGCCAAUGGAAUCGAAAAGAAAAUUCAAAAAGUAUCUGAAAUUAAAUUCAAAAAGAACAGAGGAGUGAUCAGAGCUCAUCCUAGCACUAACAGCCAUAACACUUUCCAGCAGGAACAAAAUUACCAAAUCGAUCACAAUUCGGCUAUUACGCAAUAUAGUGGAGCUGCGGCUGCGGCCAAUCAGCAACAACAGCGUCAAUGCGCAGGAGCGAAUUCAAUUAUUUCACCUUGCAUGGAUGUUGACUCUGAAACUGACAGCAAUCACGAUACAGCUUUGACUCUGGCCUGUGCUGGAGGUCAUGAAGAACUAGUCGAAUUGCUGAUUAGUCGCGGAGCUGACAUUGAGCAUCGUGACAAAAAAGGCUUCACUCCUCUGAUACUUGCGGCCACUGCCGGACACGAAAAAGUGGUUGAAAUUUUACUAAACCACAAUGCAGAUAUCGAGGCCCAAUCAGAACGCACCAAGGACACCCCUCUGAGUUUGGCUUGCAGCGGAGGUCGUUACGAAGUUGUGGAACUUUUGCUGAACAGGAAUGCUAAUAAGGAGCACCGGAACGUUUCUGACUACACGCCAUUGAGCUUGGCGGCAUCAGGAGGCUACGUGAACAUUAUCAAACUUUUAUUAACUAGCGGAGCUGAAAUUAAUUCUAGAACUGGUUCCAAGUUAGGUAUUUCGCCUCUUAUGUUGGCUGCAAUGAACGGUCACGGGGCGGCCGUUAAAUUGUUACUGGACAUGGGCAGCGACAUAAAUGCUCAGAUCGAAACCAAUCGCAAUACGGCUCUGACGCUUGCCUGUUUUCAGGGUAGGCACGAGGUUGUCGCGCUUUUGCUCGACAGGAAGGCCAAUGUGGAACAUCGCGCCAAAACGGGGCUUACGCCCUUAAUGGAGGCCGCCUCCGGUGGCUAUGUUGAAGUUGGGCGCGUUUUAUUAGAUAAAGGUGCCGAUGUAAACGCCACCCCUGUUCCUUCGUCUCGAGACACUGCCCUUACAAUAGCCGCGGACAAGGGCCACGUAAAAUUCGUGGAACUCCUACUGGACCGUCGAGCUCAAGUAGAAGUGAAAAACAAGAAAGGCAACUCUCCUUUGUGGCUGGCAGCGAACGGCGGCCAUCUCCCGGUUAUAGAAAUGUUGUACGGGCAUCAUGCAGACAUCGAUUCGCAAGACAACCGUAAGGUUUCCUGUUUGAUGGCUGCCUUCCGCAAAGGACACGUGCGCGUAGCCAAAUGGAUGGUGCUUCACGUCACUCAAUUCCCCAGCGAUCAAGAAAUGAUGCGCUACAUUGCCACUAUAAGCGACAAAGAUUUGUUGGAAAAAUGUCACGAAUGUGUCAGGAUAAUUCGUGCUGCUAAAGAGACUCAGGCCGCCAGGGCCAACAAGAAUGCUUCUAUAUUGUUGGAGGAACUGGAAUCUGAGAGAACUCGCGAGGAAUCUAAAAAAAUGCAAGCAGCCAAACGACGAGAAAGGAAAAAGAAGAAGCGUCUAGAAAAGAAGGAGCAGCAUAAGAAAUUGUUAGAGGAAAAUCAGAAAAAUGAAACCUAUGAUGAUAACGUGAAACAAGAAGAAAAAGAAGAAGCUGAAGACACUGUAGCUGAAGCUCCUAUUUCUACCCCCAAUGACAAAGAAGAACUAGAUAGCGGUAUUGAUGCCAAUAGUCAAGGAAGCUGUUCCAGCAACGACAUCAAGACUCCCAAGGAGAAGCGUAAAAAUAAAAAAACUAAAAAGGAAAAAAUCGGCAUCAUUGCCAAAAAGGACGAACCUGUUGCUUUUGCCAGUACAAGCAAGGAAUCGCCAGAAAAAUCUGAGACAACAAAAGAACCUAAAUCUCCUACUAAAACAUCCUCAAGAAAAAAUAUUCAACCGGCACCAGAAAAAUCUCCAAAAUCCAUUAGUUUUGAAGCUACUACAAAAUCUCCAGCUGAUAGAGAUGAUUUUGAAGCCACAGGCAACGAGACUUAUGUGAACCCGACAAAACAUAAGAAAGCUUCAGAAGACCACCAUCACAUCCCUCAACCAACAACUAAAGGUUCAAACAUCAGCCCCAAACAAAAUUCGAAACGUGAAGAGGGCUGGAAAGAAGUGGUUAGAAAAUCUUCAGUGCAAGCUGUUUCUGAAAGUGGAGUCAAAAAAGUCUCUGUACCUUUGAAUGCAAUUUCCAGAGUCAUUGGUAGAGGUGGAAGCAAUAUAAAUGCUAUUAGGCAAUACACUGGAGCCCUUAUAGAAGUGGAAAAGCAAAGCAAGGGCCAAGGAGAAAGAAUUAUCACUAUAAAAGGCUCCACUGAUAUAACCAAACAAGCUCACAACUUAAUAACAACAUUGAUUAAAGAUCCAGAAGUAGAUAUUAUGUCACUAGUGCCAAAAAGCGCUAAAACGACUAGCAGCAGCACAACUUUAUGGGAUAAAACACAAAUAGCAACCAAAAAGAAUGCAGGCAAGUUAGCCACUGCCACCCAAUCCCCUAUCGCAACGCAAGCUUUCCACCCUAAAGUCACUCAAACGAUAGCUCCUACCAUACAACAACAGCCAGUCGCACGAUUCACUACUGCCCCUGUUAAAUACAGGCAAGCUCCGCCCGUAGUUGCCAGCACACGAAUUACUGCCCCUAGAUUGCUAGCACAAUCCGAAAAAAUGCUGAAUACUGUCAGGAUGCCUACGUCUACUGCACCUUCGCCUGCCAAAAUAAUCACUACCAGUGCCAGUCAAACUUUUGCCGCCAAGCUGACUGAAACUGUACAAGCUAAUGCAAUGAUAGUAAAACCUAGGAGUGUCCUUGGAAUACCUAACGUUUCAAAUGCAGGUCCGAUUUCGCCACCGCAACCACCAAAUUCACCUAGAAAAAGUAUCAGGCCUGAACCUACUGGUUCUGCUCCUCCUACAAUGCAACACUACCAACCUCCGGUUUGUAAGCAACAAACGCAAACCACUUUUGGCAAUAUGGUGCAAACAACUCCUACUACUACAGUUAGUGAGUCUACCAUUAGUGUUUCUACUACUGUUAGUAAUAUGCAUGUACAACAACAACAUGUGCAACAACCUCAAGAAGAAGUAUCUCAUCCUCCUGUGCAACCUACUUCAGAAUACACCCUUUUCAGACCUAGAGAUUAUUGGGAUAGAAGAGAACAAGAGCAACAAAAGAUGCCCAAUUUUGCUUCAGUUGCAGGAGGGGCUAGUAAUCAAAGCUCCAAUCAGCAACACAAGUUUAUCGAUCAAGAACCACCUCCACAAGUAGAUGUGACUAAAGCUCCAGGAUAUAGAGGCAUGGCAGUUUGUUCUCCUGUUUCUUCAAAGACUAGUAGCAACAGUACUACUCCGCCAAAUCUAUCCAAUUCGGGCAAUUCUUUUCCUUAUCAGGAACCUUCGAAGCAACAAAACACUUUACCACCUAUUGGGUCUAGACCCCAGCAAAACAACAACGAUUUUAUUCCUUUUAUGGACUUUAACAAACCAACAUUACCUACAUUGAUUAAUAUGAGCAAUGAUGCGCAACUGUUGCAAAACUUCAACGCCAUCCAAGGUUUGAACUUUUCCCAGCCACAGCCGCAAGUAAACAUCCAGCAACCUCCCAGCAUGAGCCGUUUAAAUCCUAAAGCUCCAGAAUAUUCUAGUUCAGUUUACAAUUCAAUGCCCAACAAAAACCCUCAAAUGUAUAACGGUUUUCAAAUGAACAUGCAAAAUAAUAUGUUUCCCAAUACUAAUAAGGCUAAUAUGGAUAUGGCUUAUAAUAGAAAUUCUGGUUUAAGUGGGCAAAAUAGAUCUUGGAUACCGCAACCUUCGUUUACCCAAAACGAGUUGAUAAGCGGUUUAGCAGGCAUGACAAUUCAAACACUUCAAGCCAAAGUUUGUUGCGCUGAAGGGUUCGAAAACGGUUCGGAGCUGGCGGGAAUUGUGAACAAUUCGCCAAAUAUGUCGCCCAACAUGGCCGGAAUGCACCCGGAUCACUAUGGUAUGGAAGAGAGAAAACCUCAGCCAAUUGGUACAGAGAGGGCCAGGAAGGCUUAUAACAGUCAAAUGGAUCAGAAUAAUUGGUCAGUGAUGGAUAAGCAGGCCAAAUGGGGCGGAAAUGGGUUGGAGUUUGGGAUGAGACCACCCAAUAUGUAUCCUGAAGAUAAUAAUCCUAUUGAUUUUCCGAGACCAAUUCACAUGGACAAUUUCAUGAACAGUCCUCAUUUCUUCAAUCACCAGCCACCGCUACCCAAUUUGAGACAGGAUUUCAUACCGGACAUGUCGAAAUUAGAUUUGUCCUCCUGGGACAGUACUCGUCCUAUGUCUGACUUGCAGGACAAGCAACACCAAAGUUGGACUAAUCAGUGGAACAAGUAGAGAAAACCUUUUGGAAAAAUCUUUUUACUGCAGAAACUAUAAGCGUCGUUUUUUUUUUUCAUUACUUUUUAUAAACUUAAGCCCAAAAAAAAAAUUAUUUGAAAAUUUCUAGUUUGUGAUUUUUGGAGUACGGGAUUUUCAAGUAGAAAAAAAAAAUGUAUUUUAACGUUUUUUUUUUUUUCUUAAUUUUUAAUUUCUUUAUGGUAUAAGGUGAUGUCAGGAGGUCGGAUGUAAGGGCCUCUUGGCAUUUAUUUUAAUUGAGAUAUAUAGUCGAAAAAAAAAAUAAAAAUAAAAACAUUUUUUGAUGUAAAUAAAAAAAAAAAAGGUUCAGAUUUACCCCCCUAUAUAGUAUAUUUGCAUGUUGAUUUUUUUUUUAAAACUUAUAUUCUAGUUUACUUGCUUAGUUAGCUUGGAGUGGCCAAAAUCUAUAUAACUGCCCCUGUUUUUUUAUUUGCAAAAAUUUGAAACUCUAAGCAAGUGAACUAUGUAUUCCGCUUAUAGUUUUCAAAUAUACAAGAUUGGUAAAAGUGACAAGUGAGCGAGCAUUGGAUUUUGGCAUUAAAAAUCUUGUCGGUUCUGUUGAGGCUUGGAAUUAGAAGUUUAUUAGUUGGAAUUGUGCAAAGCAUAAUCACCUUUCUUACCUGCCAAAUUCAACUAGUAAAUUAAAUAGGGUCCUCUACAGGCCCGUCAAGCGAAUCGAGAGUUGGAUUUUAGACCUACUAUAAAAUAUUAAAAAAUUAUAAUGAUGUAAACUGUAGUAGUUGCGCAUAAAAUAUUGGUCCAGGGAUUUUUUGGCGUUUAGGGUCAAGUUUUAACUGUUAAACGUGCGAUUGUUGUUCUCUAAUCGAAUAUAUUCUGAUUGUUUUCCUACCGAAGAGGCGUCCCUGUAAACUAAAAGGGAACUCCUUUUUAUUUGAGGGCGGGGGGCCGCGCCUCCCCUUGUUAUAUUGUAGGGUUAUUAUAAUACGGAUUAUUAUGUAAUAUUGCUUGUACAUGAAGACAAAUAUAUCUUUAUGCACUGUAA